UAAUGUCAUUGGAUAUCAUGGAUGGCUAAGUAUACCUCCUUUUGCCUUCUGGGUUCCUCCUCUCAUAUGCUCGUACGGCCGGAACGUCCAUGUUCCCCCGGUAUACAAAGUGUUCCAUCUCCGCAGACUCGGGACCCUCCACCCGUUCAUGGAAGAUACAGGUAACCUGUGACUCCCUGGUGCUUGCGCAGUACCACACGGCACCACCGACCCGCUGCGGGCAGCCCUUCCCAGCUUUCAGUCCUCGGAAACCAACGAGCGGCGGCCACCCGCUACGCACAGCAUUCCGAAAACAAGUGUAACGACUCCAUCAUCCAGCUCGGCGGGAUCAUCGAAUAGUAAGUAAGCUGGCACAACGUAGUUCAAUUGUCAUCUGAU